AGCUAGGAAUUCAAUAAUACACUGCAUCAAGAUGUGACUUUUGUGCAGUGUUUCCCAGGGUGGAAAAACCCAGUGUUUGAUACACAAAUUCAGAAAGUUGAAAAAGUAUUAUUUCCAAAUAAUCUAUUACCGUAAUUUUCCAAUUUAGCAAAAAUGUAUGGGUUUAGUUAAUUACAGACAUCCUAUUUAGGUGCUUUUGAAACUUAAAAGACUUUAAAUAUGGCUGACGGAGGUGGAGUCAGAAGACGCAGGGAAGCUCCAGAGAGGUUUGAAUACAGACGAACACUGGAGCGGCUUAUGAAUUUCGUUGAUAAUGAACUGGGAAAUGGAAGGGCACCACGACCGAGACCAGACACCAGAGAAUGGAGAAUACAGAGAGCAAAAACCAUCACAACAUUGAAUGGCCUCGGAGACAAACUUGACACGGUAUGUGUUGGCGCAAAUUAUGUCAGAGCUGGAGCAAAUGGUGCAGAAAUUGUAGGUGCAGGGAGUGCUAUAGUGGGAAGCCUUAUGACUCUUGCAGGACUUCCUUCAGGCCAAAUGGUUUUGAAUGCUGGAAAUCUGGUACAUCACUCAGGCACUUUGGUUGACGGAAUUUCGAGUGUAAUUGAAUCCCUUGUUUCUGCAAAAUAUCUAAGCGAAGUCGAAGCAGAAUUGGCAAAAGACAAGGCGCUUUCCCAGCCGUUGGCAGAAUGGUUGGAUUUCACGAGAGAAUUAGACACAAAUGUUCAAGCGAUCUUUGGAGUCAGCCUUUCCUCGGAAAAAUGGAACACUGUUAUGAAAGUAUUCUACGAAUUCGCCAAAUUUUCUAGUUCUGCUAAAGGUUUUGAUGCAACUAUGCGCCUAAUGAGACAAGGGAGAUAUUCAGUCUACAUAGGGAAUGACGUCAAAAUCGAAAAACUGCGUAUGUUCUUCCAGCAUCUGUCCGCUUGUCCUCAGUUUGCAGACAGAAUACGUGUGACCCUUUCUGUUUUAAGCGUUUCGACUGGAGCUUUCCAGGUUUUCAGAGACGGAGUUCAAGCAUAUCGCAGUAUUAUGGGUAUAUCUAAUUCAUCUAUUGUUCCAACUCUUCAAGGAGGUCUUAAUCCUGACAUUCCAACUGCGAGUGCAGUUUCAGUUUUUUGUAUUUUUCAGACAAUAAGCAUGGCAAUUAGUGUCGUUUCGCUUAUAAAUGCGACAAAUAUCAUUAAGCAUGGUAAAUCCAAAUACAGUGAUGCACUAAAAGAACUUACACGGUCACUUACUUGGGAACUGAGACGAAUGGAGGAAUUGUAAAUUUAAAAGAUAAUAAAUUGCAGCUUUUGAAUAAUUUUGUAUUCGUAAUUGUAGUAUAAUUUGUAAUUACUUAUUAAUAUGUAAUAUUUUAAAUAAAGU